UGUCCGCAGUGGCAAACUUGCCAGUCCAGUUCGCGCGGGUCUUCCGUAACGUUAAGAAGUUUGUCGGUUGUUCCUUUCUUUCCACAGAGGAAGACGAAUCGCGCGCAUUUACACCACACGGUCAAGAAAACCAAAUCAUUCGAAGUAGCCGGUAGCGUGGCUCGCAUGGGAAGAGCGACCGUAGCCUAAGUGCAAGGAAAACAUAUCGAACUGCACAAAAAAACCGAAACCUUCUCGAAGCUAGCGGAAAUUGGGGGAGUGGUGAAAUAGUACUACCAGUCAGUCGGUGCCAGAGUGUGGGAUUAUUACCAUUUGGUGCAUGACAUUCCUGGCCAAAAGUGUGCAAAAAGUCUAGUGAAAGGAACCACCAGCAGUAGCAGCAGCAGCAGAAGUGGGGCUCACCGAAAAGAGGCCUGUGAACUAUUUGCGAAUUCGGACCGGCUUAGUUUGACCGGUCGAAGGUAUUGGAUACGCUUGAACGCGUCGGUACACACGUGGAUACGCCUGAACCAUAGCGGUAGCGGAAAGCGAUACGGAUUUGGAUUAGACAGACUCAACCAAGACAUCCGCCAAAAUUCCGCACCACGAUGGAACGGGGACUUCAUGAUCGGGACCGGGUGGGACUGCAGGAUCAGGUCCUACUCGAAAACUACCAGAGCGAGGAUGCCUUCAUCGAUAAUCUGAAGAAACGGUUCCAGGAGAAUUUGAUUUACACUUACAUCGGGCACGUGCUGAUAUCCGUUAAUCCGUACAAAGAACUUCCGAUCUACACCGAGCAGGACGUCAAGGAGUACCGCAAGCGACACUUUUUCGAGGCACCACCACAUGUGUUUGCCUUGAGCGACAACGCGUACCGUUCGCUGACCGAGGAAAACCGCGGCCAAUGCAUUCUGAUUUCGGGCGAGAGCGGCUCGGGCAAAACGGAAGCCUCGAAAAAGGUCCUACAGUUCAUUGCCGCGGCCACGGGGCACACGACCAGCGUCGAAGGCGUCAAGGACAAGCUGCUGCAGAGCAAUCCGGUGUUGGAAGCGUUCGGGAAUGCCAAAACCAACAGGAAUGACAAUUCUUCGCGCUUCGGCAAGUACAUGGACGUGCAGUUUGAUUUUAGGGGGGCACCCGAGGGCGGAAACAUUUUAAACUAUCUGCUGGAGAAGAGCCGGGUGGUGCACCAGAGCGUUGGGGAGCGGAACUUCCACAUUUUCUACCAGCUGUUGGCCGGGGCGGAUGAUGGAUUGCUACAGGAACUGCAUUUGAAGCGGAAGCUUGAUACGUACUACUAUUUGACGGAUGGGGACAAUGGCAACGGAGGCAAUAUUAGGGAUGCGGACAACUUCCGGCAGGUGCAGACUGCUAUGUCGGUGAUCGAGAUCCCUGGGGAAGAACAGAAGCUAAUCCUGGAGAUUGUAGCCAGUGUGCUUCAUAUGGGAAACGUAGGCUUCACCGAAGAAGAAGGAAGGGCUAAAAUUCUGAAGCCGGAAUCCGUUACGGCAAUUGCCAAACUCCUGGGAUGCGAGGAAGAUCAGCUACGCAACGCUUUCACCAAUCGGACGAUUGAAGCCCGAGGUGACGUCGUUACAAGCCCUCUAAACCGCGAUAUGGCCAUUUACGCACGAGAUGCCCUCGCUAAGGCUGUCUAUGAUCGACUGUUCACGUGGUUGGUUUCGCGGAUCAACACUUCGCUACACGCGGAGCAUAUUGCAAAGAAAAACAGCGUGAUGGGUAUCUUGGACAUCUACGGCUUCGAGAUAUUCAAGAAGAACAGUUUCGAGCAGUUCUGCAUCAACUUCUGCAACGAGAAACUCCAGCAGUUGUUCAUCGAGCUGACGCUGAAGUCGGAACAGGAGGAAUAUCUGAGGGAAGGCAUCGAGUGGGAACCGGUGGAAUACUUCGACAACAAGGUUAUCUGUAAUUUGAUUGAGGAGAAGCACAAAGGUAUUAUUGCUCUGAUGGAUGAGGAGUGUCUGCGUCCGGGAGAUCCCACGGAUUUGAGCUUCCUCAGAAAGAUGAAUGAUAAUUUGGGAAACCACGCUCACUACAUUUGCCAUAGCAGAGCUUCAACAACCGUCCAGAAGACCCUAGGUCGCGAAGAGUUCAGACUAGUGCACUAUGCAGGAGACGUGACAUACAACGUGCAUGGAUUCCUAGACAAGAACAACGAUUUACUAUUCAGAGAUUUGAAGGAGACCAUGUCCGAAUGCAACAACGGAAUAAUCAAGGCUUGCUUCCCGUUGGCGGACAUUACUAGCAAAAGACGUCCAGAAACAGCCGUGACUCAGUUCAAGAACUCUCUGAACAACCUAAUGGACAUCCUCAUGUGCAAGGAACCUUCAUACAUUCGGUGCAUCAAACCGAAUGACCUGCAAACGGCGAGUAACUUCGACUACGAACUGGUACGUCAUCAGGUCAAGUACCUUGGCCUGAUGGAGAACCUUCGAGUCCGUCGAGCUGGUUUUGCCUACCGCCGCACAUACGAAAUGUUCCUGCAGCGUUACAAAUGUCUCAGCAAACAAACUUGGCCCCACUACCACGGUCCCGCUAAGGAGGGCGUUCAGAUAUUGGCUUGCGAGUUGGGCUACGAACGAGACGAUUACCGCAUGGGCAAGACCAAGAUCUUCAUUCGCUUCCCCAAGACUCUGUUCGAGACUGAAGAUGCAUUCCAAUUCAAGAAACACUACCUGGCGUCGAUCAUCCAAGCGCGCUGGAAGGGUAGGCGUCAGCGUAAGAUCUAUCUGGAAACCUACUCCAAGAUCAUCACCUGUCAGAAGUACAUUCGACGGUAUCUCGCCAUCCAGGAAAGAAAACGGCGUCGGGCUGCCGCUGACAAGAUUCGGUUCUUCAUCAAGGGCUUCAUCACCAGACACGACGCCCCCAACGAGUGCAACAAGUCCUUCAUCGAGCACACCAAGCGCCACUGGCUUAACAAACUGGCCAAGAGUCUUCCGAAGACAUUCAUGAACCACACCUGGAUUCCCGCCCCUAUGCACUGCCAAGAGGCGUCCAUAGUUCUACGAAGAAUGCACAAACUUCACCUCGCCCGGCAGUACCGAGUGGCCCUACCUCCGGAGAAAAAGAAGCAGUUCGAACUCAAGGUUUUGUCCGAAGCCUUUUUCAAGGGCAAGAAGAAGAAUUACCCGGAGAGCAUUGGGCCUUGGUUCAUGGACGAUAGGAUCUCCAAGCAGCAUGCGACCCCCAUCAGUAACUUUGUGGUAACGCAGAUGAACAGCGAGAAGCUUCACUACUCCACCCCGGUGAUCAAGUACGACCGGCGCGGAUACAAACCCCGCGAGCGGUUCUUCCUCCUCACGGACAAGGCCGUCUACCUGCUCGAUGGCAAAACGUACAAACAGAAGCAUCGCCUCCCGCUGGACAAGGUGGACUUCUGCAUCACCAGCGAGCGGGACGGCAUCAUGCUGAUCCGGAUUCCGCUCGAGCUCAAGAAGGACAAGGGCGACCUGAUACUGGACGUGCCGGACAUCAUCGAGUGCUGCAUCUGGAUACUGAACGCGACCGGCAAUCGCAACAUUGUCAACAUCGUCGAGACGGGAUCACUAUCGCACAAUCUAGUCAGAGGCAAAACUGGUAUGAUUGAGAUUAUUACCGGACCACAGCCCAGUAUUACCAGAGCUAAGAGCGGAAACCUGUUGGUUAUUGCCGGUCAAUAAUCAAGCCACACACCAAGAGGAGCAAGUCGUACUUCAUCAAUCGAACCGGGCAGCGGAAAAAGAAUCCAUUUUUUCAAGACAGCACAGCUGACUACUUUACUGCAAUCUACUGGACACACAACUCCAUAUACAUUGUACUUAUCAAUUUUCAAGAAAAUUUUUUUAAUGCUUCAUCGUCUUUGUGCGCUGCACCACAAUAAACAUAAAUCCUAACAUUCGUAGAGGUAAAACCACUUUUAACCAAUUGCAAAGAGCCUUUUCUGAAAAAAUGUUGAAAUGUUAAUUUUGAGGAAAUUGUGAACACAAGCGUGCAAGAUGAUGUGCCUUUUCGAUGGGAAUUCAACGAACGAAAAAAAACAGGCUGUUGAAAACAUAAAACAAGAACAUUGAUUGUUAGAAGCAAACUAUACACACAAACAAAAUUUAGAAAUCUAGCAUUUUUAUUCGUUUAGCUACAAGUGCCAUUAGGUGGUAGAUGCGGGAUCGUAAGAUCACAAUGAUACGUGUUAUUUUUUUUUCUUCUCUAAAUUAUUUACUUUCCAAGACAACAACGUUAGCAUUAAGUUUUAUUUUAUGAUAACCUUGAAGCAAGUAUACAAACAAAUACCCCCCUUAUGUUAUACAACAGAAAACAGGCGAAAAACGUUCAACAGCGAACAACUCUAGCCAGUAGGUUUUAAUACUUUCAGUAAUAUAGAGAACCCGUUUCAAUUUUACACAAUGCCGAAAUUAAAUACAAAAGUAUCAAAUCUAA